GAUCCUGAUGCGCGUUGCGCUAUUUGACGCCUCGAGUUCGGCGUCUAACCGCUCACAAUAGGUCUCCUUCUUUCUUUCCAUCUUCUCUGGUUUGUAUUCACUGUGUAUCCAUUGCAUGGCCUCACCUGUAUAUCUACCUCCCGCUACCAUCUCGCUCUUGCAGGCCACACAGGGAGAUGCAGACGUUGUGAGAUAUUUGAGUGCUGCAGGCCUUGUUAUUCUGCUUUAUGACCAUUUACUUACGUUCGCAGAUGAGGUGGCCCUCAUCUGGACGAGUUCACGAUCCUUUGCCAAGUACCUCUACCUAAUGAAUCGUUAUCUUGUUCCGCAGGUUCUUAUCGUUACCGCGUACCAAAUGUGUGGCUUUUCCGGAUAUCAAUUCACCGACGAAAGAUGUCGCGUACUCCUAUCAAUAAGCUCGAUUUUGGCCAUCAUUUCCAUUAGCAUAGCCAACCUGCUCGUCCUUAUCCGGGUGGCUAUGCUCUGGGAUAACGACCGUAGUAUCGUCUUUCUGUUGUCAGCCGGAUUCCUCGCAAGUUUCAGUGUCACCAUUUCAAUGAUGGCACUCACUCUGUAUCGAACUUGGUAUGGAAUAGAGUAUUCGACGAUAGCGAAGAUGUGUGCCGUCACUAAUACUUCUCCUGCUCUCAUCGCGGUUUGGGCCGCACCAUUACUUUUUGAGUUGGUUGUUCUCGCAUUCACGGUCGUCAACGCUAUCGCUCGUCCUAGGAGAGCCAACCUGAUGCUGGUAAAGGCUCUUCGGAGAGAUGGCAUCAUGUUUUUCAUAGCAAUCGCAUGUUUGAGAAUACUGAAUCUAGCUCUGGCUGCGACUCGAAAGUCUGCACUUGUGCUCCUUGCUGUUUACUUUGUCUGGUCCAUGGUCACGCUCAUCCUCAACCGCUCGUUAUUGAACCUGAGACGUGCUGAUGUACUGGAAGCACUCAGGCAAGCACCACCCCUCGACCCUCGAUCGAUGUCACCGUUUGGCGCGCUCCCUAAUGCCGAUGAAUUGCCUGACGUCGAAUACGAGCUCGAGGAACGCAGGGUGCCAAAGGCGUCGUGGCUGGAUUCCAAAAGAAAACCAAACCCACCCUCCCGAGGGCCUCAACGCACUCAAUCCGACGACGCCCUUCAGUGGGAUUGGAAAGCGAAUUAUACUUAGCAUCUGUGAUGUCCUUUUUUCUCUGUUGUAAUGGUGUUUAUGAUGUUAUUUAUAAGUUACAUUCUUUCGCAAGGUCUCUGUCAUAUAUCCUUCAUGCUUGGUAGCAGCACGCAAAGAUAGACCCAAACAUAACUUGUACCAAGCCAACCUAAUAACUUACAUAGCUGUUUAUUUGCGCGCAGAUUAGAAUGUUUUCGAUAUCUCCUCUACCACUCCUAUACCCCUCGUUUACGAGAAUCCCCUGUUGUUUGUGCUAAUAUAUACACGUCCUAACUAUGCCUCGAAGUUUUU